AUGUCUGGACUCGAAAGACUCGACAAGUUUCAUCCUCCUGCUUUCUUGAAUGACUUUGAGGGUGAACAGCUUGAAAAAUGGUCCAAGACUGUUGAUGGCUGGUUCGGUGACGAGAUAGCAGGCAGACUCACGGGGAGGAAGAUUCUUACUCAGUUCUUCAACCCCCUUCACUUUGCCUACGACUCGUCUCUACCUCCUGUACCCAUCACCUGGGUCAGAAUCAAGCAGCCUACGGAUGAUGCUCGCUGGGCAUUCGCAGAGGAUCCGGAGAACCAGCGAGCUCCCCCAGGACGCUUGGAGCCUGAGAUCCUGAAGUUCCAUAGGAAGAAUGAACAGACGGGAGAGGAUGAAGUUGUCGCGAUGUCUCAACAAAGGCAGGAUCGUUGGGUGAUGGAUGAAUAUCUUGAAUGGUCUACCAAAAGGGUUGAUGGAGAUGUGAAAAUUGUGAGCUUCACUUGCGAAGGUCCCGAGUAUUGGGAAGAGCUGGCCAAGUAUAACCCCAUUCUGACUGAAACCCCUAUUGAGAACCCAGCAACCCAAGAGCAUGAGAGGAACAACAAGAUCCUCGACAUAUACAAGAAGUUGAACCCCGAUUUCGCGAACGAGAUCAAGGGUGAUCAUCUAGUGGACGACAAAGGCAAAUACAACAUCUACAACAGGUGGAAUGGUCACACCAACACUGGUACGAUUGCCCAUCUCAUCCAAAUCAACAACAGUCUCAGUGCUGAGAUUGAUAUCGCUGCUCAAGCCACUGUUACCAGAACCGAUUUGGUGUACGGUGAGCCUAUUACCAACAUGAUUACCCUUUGCGGUGAUGGAUCUGCCUACGGUAACCCGGGCAGGAAUUCUGACCCGACGAUUGGUGCCGCAGUCAACGAAGUUUGUCGUCUUGCUCGCGAUAGAGUGUGUCCUUUCCCGGUUACAAUCUCUGUCAAAGACCCUGUCGCUCUGUACAUGUACGACGCAGAUUUUUCGUCCUUCCUAUUAGAUCGCACUGGCAAGCGAAGAGGGAACAUUCGAAAUAUGGUCCCAGUCCCCGAGGGCGUCUUUGACUGGUGUGAUCGUGGUGAUAUUGCCAAGAACAUGGGCCUUCAUCUCCGCGUAUCUAUCCCCAAAGGCCUCAAGACUGAUGAUAAUAGCCGCGACCUUAACCUGAGCGAUCUUUUUGAUCAGAAUAACGGCGGUCGCUACGUGCACUAUGGGAGCCAAUUUGCCGAUUACAUCUUCAUGAGCGUUUCUGGCAUUGUUGGUCCAAAGCCUCCACAGCCUCAGGAUGCCCUAGAAGCGUGGCCCGGAAAACCUCAGCCUGCACUUACUUACACUGAGCCGUACCUACAGAAGCCUUUUGUUGAGCCCAAGGUUUUGGGAACCCCUGAUGUCCAUAAGAUGGGAGAAGUCAAUGCAGUUGUCACAACUUUUGAUCGCAAGGCGAUUCACCUGAGGGUAGAAGCAAAGGAAGGACCGUCAGACUACAUGGGUAUGCCAGAGCCUGGUCCUCCUAACGGACCGGACUACCAAUCCAUCACUCCGAAGGUCACCUAUUGA